GAUGAUACGAAACUGGUUAUUGUAACGAACGGCUUUAGGUUUAGGCUUAUGUAUCGUUUUAUAUUUUUAACUCCGAAAUUUAACACAAAUAAAAAUAAUUAAUGUAUAUAAACUCUUACAAAUGUCGUUUUAUGACAAUUACUGAAUUAUUAUUAUUUGUUAGAGAGACACUGUAAAAUAAAUUCCCCAACAUUAAUAUCAAAAUUUAAUUUCCAAUGGCUGAUGUCGAGUACUGAUGAUACUGGUAGUUGAGUGUAUCCCUGUGGUAUUGACUAAGGCUUCUCCUAAACAGAAGUUGUGUUGUUCAACUUAUUGCCUAACCAGAACAUAGGCCAUAUUAUAUAUCAGGAUUUAUGACGGCGUUUGUGCUGUAGACUAGUUAUUACCGUAGUAUGAACUAUCGAGGAUUAUCGUGAUAUAAUCUAUCCAGUUUCUUGUACUUAACUCAAUAACUGAUUUAGGCUACGUUUUCCAUUUAGUAUUCAUUGUAAAAAUGCCUGUCAGUAACGUUAAAAAUGAAGAGGCUCACCGUGCUUUGGAACUUUUAGAAGAAUAUCACAACAAGUUAAUUCACACCCAAGACAAACAGCUUAAAAAUGCAAUUGAACGUGUCAUAAAAAUUUUCAAGAGUAGGCUAUUCCAGGCACUUUUAGAUAUUCAAGAAUUCUAUGAAGUUACAUUAUUGGAUGAUGACAAAAGUAUUCAGCAAAAAACUGCUGAAACUUUACAAAUAGCUUUCCGAUGGGAAACUAGUUCUCCAAUUAUUGGUGUUAGUACUGAGAAAUGCAAGUAUCGGGAAGACGAUUUACCUCCUCCUCCGAUGCCAGCCGAGUUCAAAGAGAUAUCUAAUAUAGAUGGAAUGAGCAGGGUUAAAGGAGAUGUAGUUUCUGCUGGUUAUGGCACAGACGUUUCUGACUCCCCCAUGAAGAGCAACGAUAGUUGGCUUUCACAAGAUGGUGAUCAGGCUCACACCCCACUCUUAGUUGGAGGCAAUGAUAGAGAGGCUAGUGGUUAUGGAGAUUGGGAGUAUGAAGAAAUUUCUUUGGAAAGGAAAGAUCCAGGACUGGGUUUUAGUAUAGCAGGUGGCACAGAUAAUCCUCACAUUGAAGGUGAUUCUGGUAUUUACAUCACUAAACUUAUUCCUGGUGGAGGAGCAGCAGUUGAUGGAAGACUGAGAGUAAAUGAUAUUAUACUCAAAGUAAAUAACACAGAGUUACUUGAUGUUCCACAUUCUGUUGCUGUAGAAGCUCUGAAACAUGCAGGAAAUUAUGUGAGAUUGUUUGUGAAGCGAAGACAAGAACAACACAAUCACAUUAUUGAAGUGGAACUCCUGAAAGGGACCAGGGGUCUAGGAUUUAGUAUUGCAGGAGGAAUAGGAAAUGAGCACAUACCAGGAGACAAUGGUAUUUUCAUCACCAAAAUCAUGGAAGGAGGCACAGCCUUCUCUCAAGGAAUUCUUGAAGUAGGGGACAAACUAGUUGCUGUUGGGGAAAAGAACCUGGAAAAUGUCACUCAUGAAGAAGCUGUUGCUACUCUAAAGGCCACAUCAGACAGAGUCAUUUUAACAGUAGCUAAGUCAAGACCACCAGCUUAUAUCAAUCACACCUCACCAGCUGUAGCUUCUGAAUCUCUUCAGGACUAUGCUCCACAUACAGUUACACCACCUUCUUCAAAUGUAUCAGUCAGUGAGUUUCAUCAUGAGCCUCCAUCCAACAUGUGCCCUUCCAGAGUAUUAACAGAUGAAAACAUCACAAGAGAACCCAGAAAAGUGAUAUUAUCGAAAGGAGAAUUAGGUUUGGGGUUUAACAUUGUUGGUGGUGAAGACAGAGAAGGUAUUUUCAUCUCUUUCAUUUUGGCUGGAGGAGCUGCUGACCUCUGUGGGGAACUGAGGAGAGGAGACCAAAUACUCUCAGUAAAUGGAAUUGAUCUUCAUCAUGCUACACAUGAACAGGCAGCAGCGGUAUUAAAAGGUGCUGGACACAGUGUAGUACUUGUUGUACAAUAUAGGCCUGAAGAAUACAAUCGAUUUGAAGCAAAGAUUCAUGAUCUGAGAGAACAAAUGCUAAAUACUACAGCAGGUAGCUUAAGAACAUCUCAGAAACGUUCACUAUAUGUUAGAGCACUGUUUGACUAUGAACCCUCAAGGGAUAGUGGUUUGCCUAGUCGAGGGUUAGCCUUUCAGUUUGGUGAUAUUCUGCAUGUCAUAAAUGCUAGCGAUGAUGAAUGGUGGCAGGCUAGAAUCAUACAACCUGAUGGCAAAGAUGAUAUUAUUGGUAUUAUUCCUAGUAAAACCAGAGUUGAAAGGAAGGAAAGAGCAAGAUUAAAAUCUGUCAAAUUUGAAGGAAAAUGCCAGUACAAUGGAAAACUGAGUUUGGAGAGAAAAAAGAAAAACUUUUCCUUCUCAAGAAAGUUUCCAUUUAUGAAGAGUAAAGAUAAUAUUAUUGAUGAUAGCAGUGAUGGUGAAACAGAUGGAUUACCAUUACAUGAUCAAGUGAACACUUUGGCAGCCAGUGAAAAUGAAUCCAGAGUGACAGAAGAACCUGUCUUAUCAUAUGAAGCAGUUACACAACAAGAAAUUUCUUACACUAGACCAGUUAUUAUUUUGGGUUUUCUGAAAGACCGAGUUAAUGAAGAUUUAGUGUGUGAGCAUCCGGACAGAUUUGGUAAUUGUGUACCUCACACAACUCGUCCAAAACGUGAUCAUGAAGUUGAUGGUCACGAUUACCAUUUUGUAGAAUCUCGAGAACAGAUGGAAUUGGACAUUCAAAACCACAUGUUUACAGAGGCUGGUCAGUACAAUGACAACUUGUAUGGUACUAGUGCCAAAGCUGUACGAGAUGUAGCUGAGAGUGGUAAGCACUGUAUUCUUGAUGUUAGUGGAAGUGCGAUAAAGAGACUCCAACUGGUUGACCUCCAUCCUAUUGCAAUAUUCAUCAAGCCAAAAUCUGUAGAAUCAAUCCUGGAGAUGAAUAAGAGGAUGACUGAAGAUCAAGCUAAGAAAAUCUAUAAUAAUUCAAUUAAAGCAGAGCAUGAAUUUGGCCAAUGUUUUACUGGCAUUAUUCAAGGUGAUACUCCGGAAGAAAUAUAUGUAAAAGUGAAGCAUAUGAUUGACGAACAGUCCAGCUCCCUUAUCUGGGUGCCAGCUAAAGAAAAACUCUAAGAACUUUACAAGAAAGAAGACGCAGAUCGAAUGAUACUUGAACUGUGCAUUUUAUGUCACUUCUCUUGAUUUGGUCUUGCAGCAUUGUAAACAGUGGGAGUAUAUUGUGUGUGUUUGGGAGGAGUUGAAAUGUUAGUGUUUUAUUAAAAUGAAAUGUUUUUGAAUGGCCAGAGGUAGACAAACUCCAUUAGAGACAGAUUCUAUUUAGUGAUGAAGUUAACCAUUUACUGAUGGGUUUACAUUCCCUAAAUGUGAAAAAACAGGACAUGGACUGAAGUUUGAAUAUAUCUUAAUCAGUAUUUUAUCACUGUUUUAUUGUAAACAUCUUGUGGAUUUGGUAAAAGUGUUUUGAAACGUUUUUUUUUUAUUACUUUGUAUUGAAAAUCUCAUAUGACAAAAAAAAAAAAAGAGAGAAAAAGCGUCCAACAUCUCAUAUCAAGAAACUUAAACUUAAAUAUGUGUAUGUAUGAUAAAAUAGACUUUUAAUGAGUUUAGUAUCUCUGUACAGUGUGUGUAUUUUCUGUUAUUCAUCUUGGAACGAAAGAACAAAACAUUUUAACUCGUGUACUUGAAACCAGACAAGUUUUACAUUUCUACACAAUUUUAAUUUGAAUGAAAUGUUUUUAUUGAAAUUCAAAUGUUUUAAUGGGUAUUUUAAAAAUAAAUGUUACUUAAGGCUAGAACUUUUUUUGUGUAGGCCCAAAAUAGUUCCUUAUUAUUGGUAAAACCCACAUCUUUGCAUUUAUGUUGUAAAAUUGUAUGUUUGACAGCUGUAUUCAUUGUUAAUUGACAUGGAAAUAUCUAUUCAACAAAAGUGGUUUGCACUGAAUUGAUUGAACAAAAUAGGCUUAUAGAUUCAACAAAAAAAAAGAAAGAAAGAAGACAAAUCCUAAAUUGUUUCAGUAUGACUCCAGUUUGUUCAUGAGAUAUUUUUAUUUUAUAUUAAAAGAUAACUGUUAGACUUUUUAUGUAUAUUAGUACUAAAAACCACAUUCACAAUUAAUAUUGAACCGUUUUCAUACAUUAUAAAAGUGGUUUACUGUUACUAGUGGUGUAUACAAAGGAUCAAACUUGUUGAUGGUCACAGUUCUUACGAUUUAGCUGCUUCAAGUGAAUAUGAUGUAUAUAUAUAUACACAUAUAUGUAUGUGCGUAUGAACCCCUCUUUUUUUUUUUAAACUUACUCAGAAAUAAAAUAUUCUUGUCUUGUUUGAGCAAAUAUUAAUAUUUAUUCUUAUCUUUGAUUCCAUAUUUUUUGAUCUUGCAUAUAAAUCAACUAGUAAUUAUAGAUAUUGAUUCAAAAGUCGUUUCACUGAGUUGAAGAAAUAUUUUUCAAACCUGUAUACACCUAGACUUUUCUUAUAAUAAUGUGUUAUUGUAGAAAAUAACCAACAUUUGUCAUCACUUUAUUUCACGUUUCUCCAUCAGGUAAUCAUUUGUUUUUCUAAACAUCCUCCUUAAAGUCCAGCUGUUAUUGAACUCUUUUUAAUCAUACUUCUAUUCAGUCAUUAAAUCUGCUCGUUAUGAAUUUCGAAAUUAUCUUGUUUGAAAUGUACUGUUUUUUUAUUUCAACAAUAAAGAUUUUUGAGGGAUUGGUUA